UGAUAGAAGCCACGUAAUAGAAUCACGUGACGUGGCAGAGGAACCAGGCUGAAGUCAUAUGACCUCCCUUGUCUGACUACAAGAUGAGUGCAUGAGAUAGAAGUUUGCGUUUCAGACAGGGAAAGUCACUGGAAUCAGGUCUGUGUAUUAUUUUUCUGACUUUAAAUGAAAACCCUAACCUCCGGUAUGUUUUGGGGUUUUGCCGUGUAUAUCCUCGCUGUGUCUUGGCCCUCCACAUGGGCACAGUACGCUCCGGACGAGGUGACUAUGCUGCCUGGGAUGUCUUUCAAACCAAACUACCAACAAUGGUCUGGUUAUCUGAAAGCUAGCCCCGGGAAAUACCUUCACUAUUGGUUUGUGACUUCCCAGAGGGACCCACUGAAAGAUCCCCUGGUGCUGUGGCUGAACGGAGGCCCAGGAUGCAGCUCGCUGGACGGGUUCCUAUCAGAGAAUGGCCCCUUCCAUGUGAAUGAUGAUGGUGCCACUUUGUAUGAGAACGAAUUCAGCUGGAAUAAGAUUGCCAACAUCCUGUACCUGGAGUCUCCAGCUGGUGUGGGCUACUCUUACUCUGACGACAAGGUGUACAAAACAGAUGAUGAUCAGGUUGCAGAUGACAACUACCUGGCCUUGGAGAGCUUCUUUGCUAAGUUCCCAAACUUCACCCAGAACGAAUUCUUCAUCUUCGGAGAGAGUUACGGUGGGAUCUACGCCCCAACUCUUAGUUUGCGUGUGGCUACUGGGACGGCCAAGGUCAACUUUAAGGGGUUUUCCGUGGGUAACGGUCUUAGUAGCUUCAACCUGAAUGACCAGUCCUUGAUAUAUUUUGGUUACUACCAUGGCCUCUUUGGAGAGGAAUUGUGGCAUGAUCUAAACACCAACUGCUGUGACAAACAAGGCUGUAACUUUUACAAUAACAGUCGGGACACCUGCAAGACAAUGUUGGGUCAAGCCUUCAGCAUAAUUUACCAGUCCGGACUAAAUGAGUAUGCACUGUACCUGGAUUGUGCAGGAGGUGUCAAGUCUCAUAAAGGCUAUGAGAGAAGCAUGCACCAUCUCUUCAGGAAUUACAGGAAAGACUGGGAGACCUACCAGUUGUUGAAGUUUACAUCUCCAGUGUCAGCCCCGGCUUCUCCUAUCAUCUCGCUGGGGGAGGUCCCUCCCUGCAUCAACAGCACUGCUCAGAUGAACUGGCUAAACAGGGGUGAUGUGAGGAAGGCUCUUCACAUUCCUGACACUCUGCCUCCUUGGGACAUCUGCAGUGAUGAAGUUGGGAACCAGUACACCAACCUGUACCCCACAGUGAAGGAUGUGUACCUGAAGCUGCUGUCUGUGGGCCUCCGGGCUCUGGUCUACAACGGAGACACUGACAUGGCCUGCAACUUCCUGGGAGACCAGUGGUUCGUGGAGCAGCUGGGGCAGAAGGAAACCACCAAGUAUCAGAGUUGGAUCUUUGAUAACCAGAUUGCCGGCUUUUACCAGCAGUUUAGCAACCUCACCUUCCUGACUGUAAAGGGUGCUGGUCACAUGGUGCCUCAGUGGGCUCCAGGCCCUGCCCUGCACAUGUUUCAGGCCUUCAUCACAAACGGAUCCUACUGAGCAUGCUCCAGAGCUUACUUCCUGUGACAUCACGGCACCUGUCAGUGGUCAAGGCUCUGUCCCUCAGGGAACAGAUUAUGAUGGGAUAGAAAUGUACAGUUGGGAUUAAGUAAACCACUUUAUCACAUUCAAAAACAGUGGAGGUUUCUGGGGUGUGCUCAGUCCUGGGCAUUGUUUUGGUAACCCUACAACCUACUGUUUGUCACUGAGCAAAACAGUCCUGUGGUGAAGUGUGGUGUUUGAAACCGUGCCUUUACUCAGAUGUUUCUUUCAAAUCAGCACUUUAAUAACACCGUACUUUUUAUGAUCGUUUUGAAAUUGUAAUAAAUACUUGUAUUACAACCAUGAAAAUCAUUAUUGGUUGAUUUAUUUGGGGGGAAAUAUAGGAUGACUGGAGCGUUGAUAAUCGAUUUGGAAAUGUACACAAUAGUUUAUGAAGGAAUCUAAAGAUUGAAAACUAAUUCCAUUGCUCAGCCACCAUGAGAUGGCUAUCCAGGCCAGGAUCCUGUUCAGAAUAAUUGAACCACAUUACAAAUAUAUAUAUUUAUACAUAUCCACAAAGGCUGACAUGUUUUAAUGAGGUUGGGAAGGACCAUAACAACAAUGACAAGUACAGUUUGAUCACAAGCUCUGUCAAAGACGGUUAAACAUGUUUCUGUACAAAAGUAUGUCAAAAGCUGAGGUAUCGCUACGAUUAUCUCUGUGGGAGACGGAAAUGGUGUAAUGACGUGGAAUAAAACCAGUGAAAGAUUUACACAGGAGCUUGAACUUUCAUCACAACAAUGAUCCAUUGCAGAGGACUUAAUUACUAGAUGGCUUAUUGAUCCAAACAGUUACUUCUUAUUAUGGUUACAAGUGAGAAUAAAAGCAUUCAUCUAAACAAUUCAUUGCAUUUCAAGCGUUUCCAGUCUCAUUCAAGUCAAGAUAAAACCAUAACUGCUGUACUAGGAACAACUCCUUUUAACUUGAUUUAUUUGUAUCCCUUACCACUCUCUGUACAUCUUUGAAAAAUAAAAACAUUUCUUUUGAAA